GCUCAACCACCACCUAAAUUUCAGGUGGCGUGUUCUAGCCAACAUAUGAGUGUAAAACUGCCACCUGGACCAACAUCUGGCCUCAUUGUACAAGAUGCUUCCAGUGGGAUCAUAACAGAAGCUGCUCCUAUUUUGGAGGCUCCAAGUCAUUGUGGGUAUUCUGUAAGAAGGGAUAAAGAUGGUGCCAUCAACGUGAUCCUGCCUUACUCUUCAUGUCACAUGACUCAUAAGGAUGGACAGUACCGAAUUAUAUUAAAAUAUCAAACACCGAAUGGGCGCACAGCUGAGUCCUUGCUGUCAUGUCAGGCUUCUUUCAGUCAAGAAUCAUGUAAUGUCGCACCUGAGCAGCGGCUGGUCUGUGGAUCUGUGGCUAUAUCAUCAUCAGAGUGCCAUGACAGAGGCUGCUGUUAUUGUGAAGACACCCAGUCGUGUUAUUACCCCAUGGACGAAUGUACAAUGGAUCGACAUUUUGUUUUCUCGGUUCACUCAUCUGCCGCGGAUCCGCCCUUUUCCCCAGCCACCCUCGUCACGGCUGGCAACAGCUCUUGCACACCCUACAAAGUUACAGCUGACUUGGCCCUCUUCAAGAUCCCGCUGGAUGAAUGUGGGGUGCACAGAUAUGAGGUGGGUAAAACGGUCAUCUACAUGGUCGAGAUCCUGAAUAGAGUGCAGCCCAUCAGUCUGAAUUACGGCACCAUCACUAGAGAUUCGCCUGUAAGGCUACUGGUUGAGUGUCGGUAUUUAUCCGGAUCUGUGGUAAGUGUGGGUUACCUGGUGAAAAGCCCCUCCCUUGGACCUUCUAUCAAAGCUCAGGGGGUGUUUGGAGUUCAGCUCAGGAUCGCAGAAGAUGAGCUCUACAACAGCUUUUACCCACAAUACCACCAGCCCCUGCGUAUGCUGCUGGGGAAACCCCUUUACCUUGAAGUGCGUCUGCUAAACCCUCCAGACCCCACAGCUAUACUGCUGGUGCAUUACUGUGUGGCAUACCCGCGCUCUGCAAAAUCAGCCUGGAUCAUUAUUUAUGACGGGUGCCCAAAUUUUCUUGACCAGACCCCAACCCACGAGCCUCCUGCUACACCUGCAGAGGCCCUGACCAAUCAUGUUAGACGAUUCACGAUCACUACAUUCCAGUUCCUGUCUGAAGAUGCCAACCUGCAGGCAGAUGAAGAGAUUUAUUUUAUGUGUUCAACGGAGGUUUGUCUGCCCUCAGAUGAUCUGUGUGUCGAGGGCUGCUUUGCAGAUCCCUCUAAUGUGAAGGUCUGAGAAGACUUAUGAGCUGGAUAAAGCC